UUAAAAAUCCCAUCUGUGGUCACACCUAUUACUCACAACAGGUGUUAGUCAACACUGCAAAGAUGGAGCGACUUUUGCCCCGGCCCUUUGCCUCAAAUGGCGGUUGGCUAAGUUUACUGUUGCCCUUGGCAUUGGCCAUCAGCUAUCUACACUCGCACACAACGACGCCGGCCUGCAGCUCAUCGGAUGCAGUGCAUCGCUAUUUAAUUGUGAUCGCAUUAGGAACAUGUUUGAGAACGCUUUGCUUUCUCUUAAGCUCGGCCUGGGCACUUAACUGGCUAUUCAACCUGUUGCCCGCCUUUGUUACAAGUGCCUGUCUGGCUCUGCAACCGGAAACCACUUGGAUUACAUCAUUAAUUGGCGGGUUUCUUAUCACUACACUUUAUCAGCAUGUCUACAUCAGCGUUAUGCGUGCACUGCCCAAGACAUUUAGCUUUGGCGAGGCUGCCAUUCUGGUGCAGGGACUUGUCCUAUUCCUCCUCAAUGCCACAAGUCGGAUUUACGCUUUGUUUGCCCUGCAAGCGAAGCCUAUCACGGAUUUCGGCCAAUUGAAUGCCAUUAUGCAGAGUGCGUUGAUCUGUCUGCUGACGGUUUGUGUGCUGCUUGCUUUGCUGCCUGUUUUGAGGCAGCCGUUGCCGUUCUACCUCUUAAUUGGGCUGCUCCUUGUGGCCGUCACCUGCGCUCCAGUGACGCAACCCUUGCCGUUGAUUGCACUGCUCAACUUCAUACUCAGGGAUCAGAAGCGUUUAAUUGUAAUUGUGUUCUACAUCAUUCUGGUGGCAUUGACAGGUGCCACGGUCAGCUGGCAACUGGGCAACUCCACGCAGGCCAAUACGCGUGUCCGCAAGAUCUUCCAUCUGCUGAUUGUGCUCGUCUUUGUGCCUGGCCUGGUUUAUCAGUGUGCCUUGUUGUACAUUGCCACGGGCGUCGCCUUUGCAGUCUUUGUGGUCUUGGAGCUAUUCCGGCUUCUGCAGAUGCCGCCAUUUGGUAACACUUUGGUGGCUGCCUUUGAAUCUUUCAAGGAUGUCAAGGAUGCGGGUCAAUUGGCAUUGACACCGUUUUGUUUAUUGAUUGGCUGCUCGCUACCCAUAUGGCUAACUUGUUGUCCGUGUGGCCAGAGCGACAAUCCCAGCCUCCUGAUGUUACUCUCAGGUGUGCUCGCUGUGGGCGUCGGAGACACGGCAGCCAGUGUGGUGGGCUCCAAAUAUGGACGCAACAAGUGGAGCAACUCUACGCGUUCUGUGGAAGGCACGCUCGCUUUUGUAGUAUCCAUCCUCUUAUCAGUCUGGUUUUUGGAAUUAGGAGGUAUCUUGGACUUGACGCAGGGUCAAUGGUUUGCAACGGUUUUUGCGGCCUUGAAUGCAGCGUUGGUUGAAGCGUUUACAGAUCAGGUGGAUAAUUUGGUGUUGCCGCUGGUCUUUUACAUUCUAGUUGGUCUUGCCUAAGGCAUUUAAAAAAAAAGUGAUACAUUCCUAUAUUUGCCAGUUUACAUAGUAAAUAAUAAUUUUAGAAAAACGGA